AUGGCAGCUGCGCUGCUGCUUCUGCGUACCCUCCAUCCGGGCGCGGGCUCGGGGCCCGGGCGUCUGCGGAGCUCGGGCUCGUGCUGGAGCCUAGGCCUCCUCGCCGGGGUCGGGAAGAAGCGGCUGCACUUCUCCCAGGGGCCUCCGGGGAGUCAAGCUGGGGCUGGAGGCCGAGCCCUGCAGAGCUUACUGUUACGACAGCUGACCCCCACCUUUCAAGGGAUCAGGGGGUUGUUAGUGAAACAGCAUCUGAUUCAGGACCCGGUUGGACUCUGGAACAUUCUAGGUGGCACCUACUAUUUUAGCACCUCAAGGACGAGGCAGAAGAAUAAGGACAGUAACAAGAGGGCGAAACCACCCGAAGACGAUGAAGAGGAGAGGAAGCGGAAGGAGCGCGAGGACCAGAUGUACCGGGAGCGGCUGCGCACUCUGUUUGUCAUUGCUGUCAUCAUGAGCCUGCUCAACUCCCUGAACCCUGGCGGUGGCAGCGUCUCCUGGAACGACUUUGUCCGAGAGAUGCUGGCCAAGGGCGAGGUGCAGCGUAUCCAGGUGGUGCCUGAGAGCGACGUGGUGGAGGUCCACCUGCAUCCUGGGGCCGUGGUGUUUGGCCGGCCACGGCUGGCCCUGAUGUACCGCAUGCAGGUCGCAAACAUCGACAAGUUUGAAGAGAAGCUGCGAGCAGCUGAAGACGAGCUGAACAUUGAAGCCAAGGACAGGAUCCCGGUCUCCUACAAGCGAACAGGAUUUUUUGGAAAUGCUCUGUAUGCUGUGGGGAUGACAGCUGUGGGCCUGGCCAUUCUGUGGUACAUCCUCCGCCUUGCCGGGAUGACGGGCCGAGAAGGUGGAUUCAGCGCCUUUAAUCAGCUCAAGAUGGCUCGUUUCACCAUCGUGGAUGGGAAGAUGGGCAAAGGAGUCAGCUUCAAAGAUGUGGCAGGAAUGCACGAAGCCAAGCUCGAGGUCAAGGAAUUUGUGGAUUAUCUCAAGAGCCCGGAGCGCUUCCUCCAGCUAGGAGCCAAAGUCCCAAAGGGUGCGCUGCUGCUGGGUCCCCCCGGCUGCGGGAAGACCCUCCUGGCCAAAGCUGUGGCCACGGAGGCCCAGGUGCCCUUCCUGGCCAUGGCCGGCCCCGAGUUUGUGGAGGUCAUCGGAGGCCUCGGGGCCGCCCGAGUCCGGAGCCUCUUCAAGGAAGCCCGCCUGCGGGCGCCCUGCAUCGUGUACAUUGAUGAGAUUGAUGCCGUGGGCAAGAAGCGCUCCUCCACCAUGUCUGGCUUCUCCAACACAGAGGAGGAGCAGACGCUCAACCAGCUCCUGGUGGAGAUGGACGGCAUGGGCACGACAGACCACGUCAUUGUCCUCGCAUCCACAAACAGGGCUGACAUUCUGGACAAUGCACUGAUGCGGCCUGGCCGCCUGGACCGCCAUGUCUUCAUAGACCUCCCCACCCUGCAGGAAAGGAGGGAGAUCUUUGAGCAGCACCUGAAGAGCCUGAAGCUGACCCGGGAGAGCAGCUUUUACUCGCAGCGUCUGGCAGAGCUGACCCCUGGAUUCAGUGGUGCUGACAUCGCAAACAUCUGCAAUGAGGCUGCGCUGCACGCUGCCCGGGAGGGCCACACGUCUGUCCACACGUCCAACUUCGAGUAUGCCGUGGAACGCAUCUUAGCAGGCACGGCCAAGAAGAGCAAGAUCCUGUCCAAGGAGGAGCGGAGGGUGGUUGCCUUCCAUGAGUCAGGCCAUGCGCUGGUCGGCUGGCUGCUGGAGCACACCGAGGCCGUGAUGAAGGUCUCCAUCGCGCCCCGGACCAAUGCAGCCCUGGGCUUUGCCCAGAUACUGCCACGGGACCAGCACCUCUUCACCAAAGAGCAGCUGUUUGAGCGGAUGUGCAUGGCGCUGGGCGGCCGUGCCUCCGAGGCCAUCUCCUUCAACAGGGUCACUUCUGGGGCACAGGACGACCUGCGGAAGGUCACCAGGAUCGCCUACUCCAUGGUGCAGCAGUUUGGGAUGGCUCCCAGCAUCGGGCCCAUCUCCUUCCCUGAUGCCCAGGAAAGGCCAGCCGGGGUCGGCCGGCGCCCUUUCAGCCAGGGCCUCCAGUACCUGAUGGACCAUGAAGCAAAGCUGCUGGUGGCAAAGGCCUACAGGCACACGGAGCAGGUGCUGCGGGACAACCUGGACAAGCUGCAGGCUCUGGCCAACGCGCUGCUGGAGAAAGAAGUGGUCAACUACGAGGACAUCGAGGCCCUGAUCGGCCCACCUCCUCACGGACCCAAGAAGAUGAUCCCACCCCAGAAGUGGGUGGAUGCCGAGCGGGAGAAACAAGACUCGGCGGAUGAGGAGGCUGCCCAGCAGCAGCCCCCACUCAGGGAGUAGCUAUCUCCCUGGGACUGUGUCAACAGCACCCACUCGCCACCUUGCGGGUGCCGAGGCCGCUGUUUCCCGAGUGCAGUUGGUCAGUAAACGUCUGUGCAGAGGUG